CCUCCGGGCCCAAAGAGGGCGGUAACGCAACAGAAUCCCGCCCGUCAUCCGCUUUAAAACAAACUGAAAAGAAGUCGAGGUAGAGCGGAAAGAAAAAGGAAGAAGGAGAAGACGGAAUCGGUACCACAAUGACUUCGGCUAGGAGACUAACUAGGGAGAUUCAAGACAUUCGCGAUUCUGGAAUAAAGAAUUUCCGAAUCAUUCAAGUGGAUGAAUCUAAUAUUUUGAACUGGCAAGGGCUUAUUGUUCCUGACUGUCCUCCAUAUGACAAAGGAGCAUUUCGGAUUGAGAUCAUCUUCCCUGCAGAGUAUCCUUUCAAGCCACCUAAGAUAACCUUCAAGACAAAAAUCUACCACCCCAACAUUGAUGAAAAGGGCCAGGUCUGCCUGCCCAUCAUCAGUGUGGAGAACUGGAAGCCAGCCACGAAAACCUGCCAAGUGAUUCAGUGUCUGGUUGCGAUGGUGAACAUGCCUCAGCCAGAGCAUCCACUGAGGGCUGACCUGGCAGAGGAGUACACUAAAGACCGUGUGAAAUUCAUGAAGAACGCAGAGGAGUUCACAAAGAAACACAGUGAAAAGCGACCUGUGGACUGACGACCCGCCUCUUAGACUUCCUUUUUGUUUCCUGUUCAAAGAACCCAGCCUGACUCUCUGUUCUUAUCCCCUUAUUUCACAGAGAUGGCCUGUUCUCCAAACCUGCAUUGUUUAGCACUCUCCAACCACUCUUUAAUAGAGGCUUGUGUUGCUGUUUCACUUUGCCAAAAAGAAAAGCAGGACUUUUUGGUGCACAGGCAGGCUCUGGCCUCAGUGUCACCUUUUGGUUGUUUUUGACUUCUUUCUACUGAUAUUUUUUUUUUUUUUUUUUUUCCUUUUUAGAAAAAUAAAAUUUUCUGAGGUGGCAUUGUCGAAAGUGAACUUUCUGAAAAGUGCUGUUCUGCUUACUUUAAUGCUGAAUGUGUUCUUAGAUUAAUCAUUAGCUUAUGCAGACCUGUUUACAGAUUUUUAAGCAUUGUUUCAAAUCUUAACGGCAUUUAAUGCUGUGGGUUAUAUCUGUCGUCUACUCCUUUCAAUCGUUUUCCCCCUAGGAUACACCAUAAUCUGAAAUCACCCGUGGCAGUACAUCAGAAUUUAAAUUUGUUGCUCAUGCAAAAUUCACGCGGGAGCAAAGAAACCUCUGAAAAUGCAACAACAUUCAAGUCAUUGAAUCAUUUUUGUAUCUUUAGAAAUAUUAUUAAACUUCUUCCACCUC